AUGACAACAGUUUUACAUCGGAGGGUUCUGCAAGUGGUUAGCAAACGGAAACUUUUCUUACCCAUACUAUCCCGAGAUAAUAGCACAGAAAAAAAUAUAUUAAGAUCAGACUGUGAUAGUAUAGAGAAGCCAAGACUAACUGUUACCGAAUUUGUGUGGCAGAACUUGGACAGAUGGCCUGACAAAACAUUAGCUGUUUGUGCUGUAACUGGCCGUGGUUACACUUAUGCUCAAACACAUAGAUUAUCUGUUUCUUUUGCUGCAUCAUUACUUAAAAAACUCAAACUGCAACACAAUGAUAAGGUUGGGAUUGUCUUACCAAAUGUUCCGGAAUAUCCAGCCAUUGCUCUUGGUAUUUUGGAGGCUGGCUGUAUCGCUAGCAUGAUGAAUCCUGCAUACACAGUUGAUGAACUCAAACAUCAAAUAAAACUCGUGGAGUGUAAGGCAAUAGUAACUUCCAAAUUAUCGUAUCCAAAUUUGUGUAAAGCACUGCAAGAACUAAAAUUGAAUAUCCCUAUGAUAUUAAUUGACAAUGAAGACUUACCUGAGAACACUAUUAAGUUUGCCGAACUCGCUGAAAACACAGACUUGGAUAUAUUAAAAUCGGUAAAACGAAACGUCAAAGACACAGCUAUCCUGCCAUUUUCCAGUGGAACAACUGGUUUUCCAAAAGCUGUGGAACUGACCCAUGAAAGUAUAUGCGCUCUUAAUAGCAUGAUAUUGACUCCAAGAAUUUUAGCUGUCCAAGAAGCUACAGCGUCCUUCCAGCCGGUAUUACCAGCAGUGCUACCAUUAUUCCACAUAUUUGGCUUCAACGUUCUCAUGCUGAACUUAAUGUCGCGGGGCGUUAAACUUGUGACGAUGCCAGUAUUCAAACCGGAGUUAUAUUUGGAUACUCUGAUUCGUCAAAAGGCCAAUCAUUUAUACAUUGUUCCGCCGAUGGCAAUCUUCCUGGGGAAGCAUCCGGCUGUUACUCCACGGCAUUUGGACUCAGUCAUCGACAUCAUUUGUGGAGCUGCCUCUAUUUCUAGUGGGGACGCUAAUGCCAUUAUUGAAAAGAAUAAGAAACUAAUCUUUCGUCAAGGCUAUGGUUUGACUGAGACAAAUGGUGGCGCCACUAUCGGUUAUAAUGACAAUACAAAUCACGAUUCCGUGGGAUUCCCUUUCCCAAGCAGCGAAAUAAAGGUAGCUGAUCUGAAGACCCAAGAAGCUUUAGGACCGGGACAGGAAGGAGAAAUUUGGUACAGAGGUCUUAACGUAAUGAAGGGUUAUUACAAGAAUGAAGCAGCGACCAGAGAGGUCCUUACAGAAGACGGCUGGUUCAAAACUGGUGAUAUUGGAAAAUAUGAUGAAAACAAAUAUGUGUAUAUUACUGACAGAAUAAAGGAACUCAUUAAGGUUAAAGGCUUCCAAGUGGCACCAGCGGAACUGGAAACUCUUCUUCGUAGUCAUCCAAAAAUAGUAGAUUGUGCUGUUCUUGGCAUCCCAGAUUCUGUUUCCGGGGAAGUCCCUAAAGCUUUCGUCGUCCUUCAACCAGGACAAAAUAUCAAGGCAGAGGAAGUUUUGGAACACGUUAACAAUAAAGUGACACAGUUCAAGAAAAUUAAAGAAGUCCAAUUCGUUGAUGCGAUACCCAAAAACCCUGCUGGGAAAAUAUUAAGAAAACAGUUGAAAGAGAAAUACUGUUAG